UAACCUGCUGCGCACCACAUGAGAACAUCGAGGUUUUUAUUUUUAAAUAAUGGGUUAGUGUCAGAGAAAGUGAUGCUAGCACCCCUGAGUAGGGUGAAGAGAGCUCAGUCAGUAUGCACACUGGUUACACAUUUAGCCAUAGAUUCAGAUGAUUCUCAGGUAUUUUAAGGAAAAUAUUUUUCUCCUAGGUUUCACAUCUUUUUGUCUUCUCACUUACCUGCCUUCUGUCAUUGCCCAGAAACCUCUAUUCCAACAGUGGAAGUGAGGAAGUCGUAGAAAAGAGGAUAGAACGAGCAGCCAGACCUCCUGGCUGUGCCCCAGUGCACAACAGUGACCUGAAGAGGAAGGUUAUCCUGAGGGCACCUGGGUUAAGACAGCGGAGAAUUCUGAUAAUAAAGCUGAUCUUGGACCAAGCCCAGCCUCACGCAGGGCUCACAGAGAAAUACUCCUCGAAGGGAACCCAUGGUAACAGAAGCAAAGGGGUACCAGCGCGGAGGACAGGAAUGCACUUUUGCUUCCAAUACUCCAUCCCCGGGUGCUUCCAAGCCGAGGAAAAAGGCACUUUCCUAGUAGCAACACUAACUGGCUCUCAUUAAAAACUGAAGCUAGACUCAAGGCCUUUCCAAGGAAGAUUUCCAGCUCAGUCGGCUUUUAAGUGGGGAGGAAGUAUUAAAUUCAUUGGUCAACAUUAUUCUGAUAUUUUUUCUCAUUCCAGCCACAUAAGUACUCCACUGCAAAGGUCUCCCUCCCCCAAUAUUAGAAUGGGAUGAGAAAUUUGUUAGUUACUAGCUAUCUCUAAGCCCAGAUGAAAUCUUAACCCAUAUAAGUCGCUGGUCCUCUCCAUUCUCAGCUGUGUCCUAGGAAUGCGACCUCUGAUGGUAAGAUCAGUAACCUGAAGAACAGAAUGGAUACUUGGGGCUCAUUUUUACAUUUAAUUGCAAUUCUUAUCAAGUGCUUGAUAAUUUGUUUCUCGCUGGCCAAUUUAUUUCGGGAAUGUGCUUGUCUGAGACCUACGAGGACUGAGGUUUCUUAGGUGUAUCUUGUGACUUGAAUGCAGAAUUUUGAUGAGCUCUGGCUGGAUCGCUUAGGAAAUGUCCAAAGUGCUUAUUAGGUUUGGUUGACUGUGUAGCGCUGACCCAAGAGCAGGCAAAUCACUUCCAAGAGACAGUCCAGAAAACCAGCUCUGUAGCAGGCAUCUCUUGACACCACAGUAUAUUCUGGGGAAGCUGCUCUGCAGUAAUGCGGCCCUGGCUUUCUGGGCAGUGUUGUUAUUCCUGCUGCAUAAUUAGCAGCUAGUGAGAUCAUAGUCUGGGGAGAUUCUGGCAUUACUGAGGCAAAGCCGGGAGGUUUCAGAUCAUCACACGUGGCUCUGGCUCGGACAGCAUUUCUGCUGAGCAGAUUCAUCUCCUCGGGAACUUUAAGUCCAAAGAUGGAGGAGGAGAAAGAUUUCUACCUGGGAAAUGAACUAUCCCAGACUCCUUGGUUGUGUGGCAGCUUGCUGAAAACACUGCCUGCCGGAUUGAUGGAACCCGGGUAAAUAAAUUGUCACUUCUCUUGCUGUUGUGCCCUUGCUGGUUCUUUAUUGAGGGCAAAGACUGUAAAGCUAUGUCCUCGCGUAGAGGGUGAUGCAGACUGGCUGAGCCCUAUUUGAUGGAGCAGUACGAGAUCGGGAAAGCGUCUGGGCUUUGAAGCCUUUGCAGAUUCUUAUCUUCAAUCCAUCCCCCCGCCCCCCUUUCAGUCCAUUCUUUAGAACCGCACUUCACCUUUUUAGGAGCCUGCUGAGACACUUUACUUUUGUGAAGAUCUGGGUAAAGCAUUUCUCUGACUGUCAGUGUACUUUGAAAUUGAGAGCCUAGAGCAGUAUUUCUCAGGGUUCCAAGGUUCCUUUGCACACCCCCCCCCACCGCCCCUGCAAGACACUAGAGAAACAAAAGAGUUCCUUAAUCAUGUGUGCGGAAACACUGCCUUCUGUUUCCUCCUACCCUUCACCACGCUCAUUAGCAUAUUAAAAGCCACUAAGAGGUCUUCCCGUAAGCAGUUUUCUAAAGUAGUUUGACACAGCAGUCCUAUUUCCAUGUAAAAGCUAUUAAUAUCUAUGGAACUAGUUUGCUUAAUGGAUGCACUUUGGGAAAUGCCAGGCUGUAUUUCCACGAGGAAAAAUAAUUGGGUUUAGUCUAGGUUUAGGCACAGCCUAAUUCUGCCUUUGAUCCCCAGUCCCUCCUACUGGCCCCAUGGCGAGCUCUCCUGAGUGAGCUGGAGCGCGGCCUCUGGUAUCCCAGGGCUAAGGAAGCCUAGCGCCCAGCUGGCUUGGAACCUAAGGCCUUCACCCCCUGGGAAAGGUGCUGCUGCUACUCAUCUCCUUAUUCUAAGAGUGACUGAGACUAGAAGGGCAGAGGAGAAACAGAAGUAGCGGAGUGCUGGCUGGACUAAGUAGAGCCAUGACGUAGGUGGACGUCAGUGCUGCCUCAGAAUCCUAAUGCACCUGGCUAACUGGUGGUGAGCAGGGGCUUUGGGGCCAACGUGGUGGGCUCCCCAAAGAAACCCCUUUGAAACCAAUGGAUGCAUUCACGGGCUCGGGUCUCAAGAGGAAGUUUGAUGAUGUGGAUGUGGGCUCAUCAGUUUCCAACUCAGACGAUGAGAUCUCCAGCAGUGACAGUGCUGACAGCUGCGACAGCCUCAAUCCUCCUACAACUGCCAGCUUCACACCCACAUCCAUCCUGAAGCGGCAGAAGCAGCUGCGGAGGAAGAAUGUGCGUUUUGACCAGGUGACCGUGUACUACUUCGCCCGGCGCCAGGGUUUCACCAGUGUGCCCAGCCAGGGCGGCAGCUCCCUGGGCAUGGCGCAGCGCCAUAACUCCGUACGCAGCUACACGCUCUGUGAGUUUGCUCAAGAGCAGGAGGUGAACCAUCGGGAGAUUCUUCGUGAACACCUGAAGGAGGAGAAACUCCACGCCAAGAAGAUGAAGCUGACCAAGAACGGGACGGUGGAGUCGGUGGAGGCUGACGGCCUGACGCUGGAUGACGUUUCAGACGAGGACAUCGAUGUGGAGAACGUGGAGGUGGACGAUUACUUCUUCCUGCAGCCUCUGCCCACUAAACGGCGGCGGGCCCUGCUCAGGGCUUCUGGCGUCCACCGCAUCGACGCCGAGGAGAAGCAGGAGCUUCGAGCCAUCCGCCUGUCCCGGGAAGAGUGUGGUUGUGACUGUCGACUGUACUGUGACCCGGAGGCAUGUGCCUGUAGCCAGGCUGGGAUCAAAUGCCAGGUGGAUCGCAUGUCCUUUCCAUGUGGCUGCUCCCGGGAUGGCUGUGGGAACAUGGCUGGGCGCAUCGAAUUCAAUCCCAUUCGGGUCCGGACUCAUUACCUCCACACCAUCAUGAAGCUGGAGCUGGAGAGCAAGCGGCAGGUGAGCCGUCCGCCAGCCCCGGACGAGGAGCCCUCCCCUGCUGCCAGCUGCAGCCUAGCAGCGGCCCAGGGUUCAGAGACGCAGGACUUCCAGGAGUUCAUUGCCGAGAACGAGACGGCAGUGAUGCACCUGCAGAGCGCGGAGGAACUGGAGCGGCUCAAGGCGGAGGAGGACUCCAGCGGCUCCAGUGCCAGCCUGGACUCCAGCAUAGAGAGCCUGGGUGUGUGCAUCCUGGAGGAGCCGCUGGCUGUCCCCGAAGAGCUGUGCCCGGGCCUCACAGCCCCCAUUCUCAUCCAGGCUCAGCUGCCCCCCGGUUCCUCCGUGCUGUGUUUUGCCGAGAACUCGGACCACCCGACCGCCUCGGCAGUGAACAGCCCAUCCUACUUGAACAGUGGGCCCCUGGUCUAUUACCAGGUGGAGCAGAGGCCAGUCCUGGGGGUGAAGGGAGAGCCUGGUACAGAAGAAGGCCCCCCCGCGUUCCCCAAGGAGAAGGAUCUGGGUGUCUUCUCCCUCCCCGUUACCUCACUGGUGGCCUGUAGCCCCGCAGACCCGGCUGCCCUCUGUAAGACAGAGGUGGGGAAACCGUCCACUCUAGAAGCGCUAGUGCCGGAAGAUUGUAACCCCGAGGAGCCUGAGAAUGAAGACUUCCGCCCCUCGUGGUCCCCCUCAAGCCUCCCCUUCCGCACGGACAAUGACGAGGGCUGCGUGGCGGAGAAGGCUGCACAGCAGAGCGAGGGCCGGCCCCCUGAAGAGCCUUCCCCGGAGCUCCCUCUGGCAGUGUGACACGGGGAUGGAGAGUCUGCCUCUUACCCCCUCUAUUUAUUCCCUUAUUUUAUCUAACGCCAUUUCAAAACAAACUGUAGAAGCAGCUGCUGCUCCCAUGUUAUUUUAUUGGGGUCUCUGGGGAACAGGUGGGAAAGGAUUGUUCGUACAAGUAUUUUCUAAAGGGCGAACAGAACCAAGGAGACCAGCCCCGGCUCGAUCUGGGGAUAGAGUCUUGGGGCAGAGGAGGCUGCAUACUGAGCCUUCUGGGCCUUUGGAACAAAGAACUAGGAUCUCGCGGGAGAAGCUGGGUAAUUCAAGCAGCUAUUCACUAGGGACCAGAACAUGACAAUUUGGAUGGCGUGGCAAAGCCCCUUCCCCUCUCCUGCGCUCCAGGCGGGGUUCGAGCUCAUUUUCCUCGGUGGUUCCUCCGAGAGCCCACUUCGGUGUGUCGUAGUAAUACAGCUGGAAUCUAGCGAGGAGGGGGUGGAAGGGUCUCUGCUUCUGUACAAAACCUCCAGGAUUUAUAAAAACUUCACCUGGCUUCCCUGGCCCCCUAUUUGGUAAAUAAGUUAAUAUUUGACAUGUCUGGUGUUUUCUGACCUGUUCCCCACACUGGGGAUUCCUGGUCUGUAACUUGAAUUGUUUUUCACAUGUUCUUAGGUACUAGA